UCUUUUUCAGGUCAGAACUGUGGAGGCUUAGUACAGGGACCAAAUGGUACUAUAGAAAGCCCUGGAUUUCCUCAUGGUUAUCCAAAUUAUGCCAACUGCACGUGGAUCAUUAUCACAGGAGAACGUAACAGGAUACAAUUGUCAUUUCAUACUUUUGCCCUCGAGGAAGAUUUUGAUAUUUUGUCAAUUUACGAUGGACAGCCACAGCAAGGCAAUUUAAAAGUGAGGUUAUCUGGAUUUCAGCUUCCGUCAUCUAUUGUGAGCACAGGAUCUAUCCUCACCCUUUGUUUCACCACAGAUUUUGCUGUCAGUGCUCAAGGCUUCAAAGCUAUCUAUGAAGUAUUACCUAGUCAUACUUGUGGCAGCCCAGGAGAAAUAUCUAAAGGAGUACUUCAUGGAACAAGAUUCAACAUUGGGGAUAAAAUCCGAUACAGCUGUAUUUCUGGUUACAUCCUAGAAGGCCAUGCCAUGUUGACAUGUAUUGUGAGUCCUGGAAAUGGUGCAUCAUGGGAUUUUCCAGUUCCUUUUUGCAGAGCUGAAGGAGCUUGUGGAGGAACGCUACGUGGGACAAGCGGAACUAUUGCAAGUCCUCACUUCCCUUCCGAGUAUGAAAAUAAUGCUGAUUGCACCUGGACCAUAUUGGCUGAACCAGGAGAUACCAUUGCUUUGGUCUUCACUGACUUCCAGUUAGAGGAAGGAUACGACUUCUUAGAGAUCAGUGGAACAGAAGCACCAUCAAUAUGGUUGACUGGUAUGAAUCUACCUUCUCCUGUUAUCAGCAGUAAGAAUUGGUUACGACUCCAUUUUACAUCUGACAGCAACCACCGACGAAAGGGAUUUAAUGCUCAGUUCCAAGUGAAAAAAGCAAUUGAACUGAAAUCAAGAGGAGUCAAGAUGUUGCCCAGCAAAGACAGUAAUCACAAAAAUUCUGUCUUGACCCAGGGUGGGGAUGCAGUUGCAUCUGAUACGUGUCCUGAUCCUGGAAUUCCAGAAAAUGGGAAAAGGGUGGGCUCUGACUUCAGGGUGGGUGCAAGUGUACAGUUUUCCUGUGAAGAUAAUUAUGUGCUGCAGGGUUCUAAGAGCAUUACUUGUCAGAGAGUGACAGAUACACUGGCUGCCUGGAGUGACCAUAGGCCAAUCUGCAGAGCUAGAACAUGUGGUUCUAAUUUACGUGGACCAAGUGGGAUCAUUACGUCACCAAAUUAUCCAGUUCAAUAUGAAGACAAUGCACACUGUGUGUGGGUCAUUACAACAACUGAUCCAGAAAAGGUCAUAAAGCUUGCUUUUGAAGAAUUUGAACUGGAAAGAGGCUACGAUACUCUUACUGUUGGAGAUGCUGGGAAAGUUGGUGAUACCAGAACAGUGUUGUAUGUACUCACUGGAUCCAGUGUUCCUGAUCUUAUUGUGAGCAUGAGUAACCAGAUGUGGCUUCAUUUACAAUCUGAUGACAGCAUUGGCUCACCAGGAUUCAAAGCUGUUUAUCAAGAAAUUGAGAAAGGAGGUUGUGGAGAUCCUGGAAUUCCAUCAUACGGAAAAAGGACUGGCAGCAGUUUUCUGCAUGGAGACACACUUACCUUUGAAUGUCAAGCAGCUUUUGAAUUGGUGGGAGAGAGAACGAUUACAUGUCAACAAAACAACCAGUGGUCUGGCAACAAACCCAGCUGUGUUUUCUCAUGUUUCUUCAACUUCACCACACCGUCUGGAAUUAUUCUUUCUCCAAAUUAUCCUGAGGAGUAUGGGAACAAUAUGAACUGUGUUUGGUUAAUUAUCUCAGAGCCAGGAAGCAGAAUCCAUCUGAUUUUCAACGACUUUGAUGUAGAACCUCAAUUUGACUACCUUACAGUGAAAGAUGAUGGGAUUUCAGAUUUACCACCUCUUGGCACUUUUUCUGGCAAUGAGGUCCCUUCUCAGUUGGCUAGUAGUGGGCACAUAGUAAGACUUGAAUUUCAGUCGGAUCACUCUACCACUGGAAGAGGAUUUAAUAUCACUUACACAACCUUUGGUCAGAAUGAGUGCCAUGAUCCAGGCAUUCCUAUAAAUGGUAGACGUUUUGGAGACAGAUUCCUUCUGGGAAGUUCUGUUUCCUUUCACUGUGAUGAUGGCUUUGUGAAGACCCAAGGCUCUGAAUCCAUAACAUGUAUUAUGCAAGAUGGAAAUGUAGUAUGGAGCUCUACUGUCCCACGCUGUGAAGCACCAUGUGGAGGACAUUUGACAGCAUCAAGUGGUGUUAUCUUACCACCAGGGUGGCCAGGAUAUUAUAAAGACUCUCUUAAUUGUGAAUGGGUGAUUGAAGCAAAACCAGGACAUUCCAUCAAGAUUACUUUUGACAGGUUUCAGACAGAAGUUAAUUAUGACACUUUGGAAGUCAGAGAUGGGCCAGCUAACUCAUCACCAUUAAUUGGAGAAUACCAUGGCACACAAGCACCCCAGUUCCUUAUCAGUACUGGAAAUUACAUGUAUCUACUGUUCACUACGGACAACAGUCGUUCCAGUGUUGGUUUCCUGAUUCACUAUGAGAGUGUUACUCUGGAAUCAGAUUCCUGCCUCGACCCAGGGAUUCCUGUGAAUGGCCAUCGCCAUGGUAACAACUUUAAUAUCCGCUCCACAGUAACUUUUAGCUGUGAUCCAGGAUAUACUCUGAGUGAUGAAGAACCACUCAUAUGUGAAAGAAACCAUCAGUGGAAUCAUGCGUUACCCAGCUGUGAUGCUUUAUGUGGUGGAUAUAUUCAUGGGAAGAGUGGAACUGUUCUUUCUCCAGGUUUUCCUGAUUUUUAUCCAAACUCUUUAAACUGCACUUGGACUAUUGAAGUGUCACAUGGCAAAGGUGUACAGCUUAUUUUUCAUACCUUUCACCUGGAGAGUUCUCAUGACUAUUUGCUUAUCGCUGAAGAUGGCAGCUUCACAGAACCAGUAGCCAGGUUAACUGGCUCAGUCUUACCCCCAACAAUUAAAGCAGGCCUCUUUGGAAAUUUUACUGCACAGCUUCGCUUUAUAUCUGAUUUUUCAAUUUCUUAUGAAGGCUUCAACAUAACAUUUUCAGAAUAUGAUCUGGAGCCAUGUGAUGAUCCUGGUGUUCCUGCCUUCAGUAGGCGAGUUGGUUUUCAUUUUGGUGUUGGAGAUUCCUUGAUCUUUUCUUGUUUCCCUGGAUAUCGCCUGGAAGGUGCUAAUAAACUUACCUGCCUGGGAGGUGGUCGGCGUGUAUGGAGUGCACCUCUGCCAAGGUGUGUGGCUGAAUGUGGAGCAACUGUAUCUGGAAAUGAAGGAACUUUGCUGUCUCCAAAUUUUCCAUCUAAUUAUGACAACAACCAUGAAUGUAUCUAUAAAAUUGAAACAGAGGCUGGAAAAGGGAUUCAUCUUAGAGCCAGGAGCUUUCAGCUGCGUGAGGGAGAUAUUGUUAAGGUAUAUGAUGGAAAAGACAGUUCUUCACGCUCUCUGGGAGCCUUCACCAAAGCCGACAUGAUGGGAGUUAUCCUUAAUAGCACCUCUAACCAUUUGUGGAUAGAGUUUAAUACCAAUGGAUCUGAUACAGACCAAGGAUUUCAGCUCACUUACACAAGUUUUGACCUAGUGAAGUGUGAGGAUCCUGGCAUACCAAAUUAUGGCUACAAGAUCCAAGAUGAAGGACAUUUUAUAGACACCGUCAUUUUAUACAGCUGUAAUCCUGGCUACACUAUGCAUGGCAGUAGUAUUAUGACCUGCUUAAGUGGAGAUCGAAGAGUUUGGGACAAACCCUUGCCUACUUGCAUAGCUGAGUGUGGUGGUCGAAUUCACGCUGCUACAUCGGGGCGCAUUUUGUCCCCUGGUUACCCAGCACCGUAUGACAACAAUCUUCAUUGCACUUGGAUUAUCGAAGCAGAUCCAGGAAAGACAAUAAGUCUGCAUUUUAUUGUUUUUGACACUGAAGUUGCUCAUGACAUCUUGAAGGUAUGGGAUGGGCCUAUUGAGAGCAACAUAUUUCUGAAAGAAUGGAGUGGCUCAGCCCUUCCAGAGGAUAUCCACAGCACUUUCAACUCAUUAACAUUACAGUUUGACAGUGACUUCUUCAUCAGCAAAUCAGGCUUCUCCAUUCAGUUUUCAAGUUUGAAGGUAUUUUGUGAAAGAGUGGAGAUGUGGCGGGAGGGCACAUAUGACUGGAGUGUUGGAAUGGAAGGAUAUAGGCUCUUCAAGAAGGACAGUCUGGAGGCACAAGGAGAGGGUGUUGACCUCUAUGUCAAUGACCAGUUGGAGUGCAUGGAGUUCUGCCUAGGGGUGGAUGAGGAGCCAACAGAGAGCUUAUGGGUCAGGCAAGAUCAUGGAGCAGAUCAUCCUGAAAGUGAUAAUAAGGCACAUGGAAAUGGAUUCACUAAGGACAAAUCAUGCCUGACAAAUCUGGUGGUCUUCUACUAUGGUGCUACAGAGUUGAAGGAUAAAGAAGAGCAACUGACAUUGUCUACCUGGACUUCUGCAAAGGACUAG